AUGGAAGUCGAUGCGGAGAACUUGGAGUGGGGUCGAGUAUCCCUCAAGCGAAGCAGGAUGGAAUUUGAAGGCGAUGAGUUGACACAUGAUGGGUCAACAGAUGAUGAACCGACAGAUGAUGAACCGACAGAUGAUGAACCGACAGAUGAUGACUCUGAAUACAGUGAAUUAGAUGAGGCCGAGGAGGAAGAAUGGCCGUCUGAAGAUGAGAACGAAGAUUUGGAGUAUCAACAGGACAUUGAAGAGCACGAGUAUACCACCUCCGGUGACACGACACGAACGCUGAAGAUUCGGCUCUUUCUGACCGAUGAGAUGAUGGGCGAUUUCAACUGGAUAAAAAACUUCGUCGCCGAAUGCACUUGCGAUGGCGUCAUUGUCGCCCAUGCAGUAGCUCGGUAUAUUGAUCGAGAGAGAAUGCGCUCUAGAUUCUGGGAAAACAUGGAAGAGCCCGGCGAGGAAACGUGUGAUGUGGCCUUCCAUGUCUUUGAUCGAUAUGGAAGAGUGAACCUCAAGUACAGGGACCAUCCAGUGCAAAAAGGAACUGGUGUAUGGGGAAGUGAGCUUGAUAACGGCCCUCUUUUUCUGAUUGAAAGUCUUCAUGUUACGGCUUUGGAACUACGUCGGAAAGGGCUGGGGCAGAAAGUCGUGUCUUUACUUUUGAACAAGGCCGAACAGUUCUGCCUAGGCAAGAAGGGAGACCACAGACAGCUCCUCGACCGCAGAAAGCGCUUGAUAGAUAUGUUGGGAGACGACAAACUCGCGGAACUUGGCGUGGUUUCCGAUGAGGACUUUGAACGAGCAUGGACUCCAUAUGCUUUAGUCAGUCCCGGAACCCUAACAGCUGACUUCGAGUCGCAGUUAGAGGGCAAGUCCGCGGAAGAACGAUUGAUGACAAAGAGUCGAGCUGAAUCCGGUGCUAUUGACUUUUGGCGAGCUUGCGGUUUUCGCCGAAUCGGAGCAUCUCGCUGUUUUGCAUUUUCGUUUGAUGUUCAGCACCAGUCUCGCGCCCUUUCGGCGGCUUCUGAUUUCGAUCCUCGUAGAAGCCACGCUAAAGAUCUUGAGUACGAAGAACUCGAAGCUGCCUAUGAAGCAGAUCAUUUAAUCGAUCCGAACAAAUUGAAAAUGGAAAAGCUUCGUGAUAUGUUGCCGCUGCAUCAUGCAGCUCUCACUUUGACGGAUGAGGAACUCAAAGCCUUUUUCGUCACUCAUGCUGACGAUGAGAUUGGCUGGGAUCGAGUGUCCAACUCUGAUGCCACCAUUCUGCAUCUGACGGCUUGCGAGCUCAAGCCUCUGAGUACACAGUGGCUACUUGAGAAUGUCCCCCACGCCGACUCCUGGAAAACGGCUCGUGAUAUUCACGGGUACACCCCGCUCGAAGCAUUGCGAGAGAAAUUGGAGAAAAUGCGAACACGAAAGGAAAAAGGCUUUUUCAGGGUCGUGCACGUAUCAGAUCGCUUUGAAGGAUACCCUGGCACCGCAGUGGCCUGUCUCUCCUUGCUGUCAGGACAGGAUGCUUUGAGGCUUAAUAAUCUAUGUCUCCGAUAG